AUGGCAAAAACGCCUAAACGCACGGAAAUUUGUGCUACAUUCCACAAGGUACUUACAGCGAAUAUUGGAACCUUACUGGACCUUUAUGGUGUAGAAAAGGGCCUGGAUCACUUCAAAUCAUCGCAGGAGCUCACCUUCGAUGAGUUCCGUUACUACCUGCAGCGUGAGGUCUUCAGCUCCCUGCCGAAGACUGCUACCUUACCAAUAGUCAGGGAAUAUGAGAAGAAGAUCAGUGAGGUCUGUUGGCUUGUGUGCCGUAAGAGCCUGCUAGGACGAGAAAAGAGUGUGUUCAGCGAUGACUCCGUGUUCAAGCUGUUCAGGAUCUUCUGUCUGCUUGGAGAUCUGGUUCAAGAUGCGGAUGACUCCAAGCAUUAUAUGGUGGUACUCCAGCCAUCGGAAGCGGGUAUAGUAGCAGAACAGCUAGUUCAUUGCCUUGGCCUUCGAUGGGACACUGCUGACUGGGAGGCCCUCGGCUCUUCCAUUGGUCACUUCAAGUGGGCAGCUUUUCUAGCCGUAUUGGAAGCCAAGUAUUGUGGAGACCAGCAAGUGCAUCCAGAGGCACUAGGUUAUCUAUUCAAGCGUGGUUAUCUUCUGCCUACCAUGCGGGAAUACUGGUGCGUCCUUCAGCCUUGUGCUCUUACCUACUACAAGAGCUCGUCUCAGAAGGAGCAGUGUGGCCGAGUGGCCAUCGAUGAGUACUGCUCAGUAGAGGCAGCUGCCGGGGAAGGCAAGAUACAGAGGUUCCAGCUCAUCACACCUGAUAGAACAUUUGAAUUUGGCACUCAAGACCAUAAGAGUCGUCUACAAUGGAUAUCAGCUUUGCGCCAAGCAGCGGCAGUGUCAGGUGGUGUAGAAGGCUAUCAACGUAGAGCUCGAGCGAUAAGGCGAGGUGCUGGAGCGAGGCGGGAGCGAGAAGUGAGGGAGACACGAGCUCGGCUGCAGCAUGAGGUCAAAGCAAGACUCGCUGCUGAGGCACAGGCACAGGAAUUGGUAGAAUUAGCACAACAGGACAAUAAGAAAUUAGAAGAACUGAAAAGUGCACAAGUUGAACUUGAGAAGCUUUUACAAGAGGAAACACAAGCUAAAAGAGACGAAGAAAUCGUUAGAGCAUUACAAGCUAGAGUAUUAGCUGAAGAAUGGGAGAGACGUGAAGAACUAGAAAGACUACAAGAAGAACAAAAUAAAAUGCUAGAAGAAGAAAGAUUGAAACGACAGCAGUUUGAAAAAUUACAGGCUGAGAAAGAAACACAAUUUAAAGAAGCUGAAAAACGUCUAAAGGAGCUAGAAGAAGAGAAACGGCGGCUUGAUGCUGAACUGAAAGCAGCUCAAGAUAAAAUAUCCAAGACUGAAUACACGGCACAAGCUUUGCAAGUACAACUGAGAGAUAUCAACCCAGUACUUCGAAACGGAGAGAGAGCCCGCCGUGCGUUAUCGUUCGUCCCAACCACCAAAAGUUCUUCCGACACGCUCAUUGACGUCCGAGCCAUACGACAUCUCAAGAUCCUCGAUGAUGAAGAGAAAUUAUGAUCUGAUACAUAAAUAAAAUUAACUAAAAACAAAAAUGCAGCGUUGCCGAUAUUAUAUUCCAUCUAGUUUUAAGCUAUAAUAGAAAUUUUACAUCAUGUAAGGAUUUGAUAUUGGAUGUUAGACCAAAAGGAGAUCCAUCAGUUUCUUG